CAAACCGGAUGUAUAUGGUAUGAUGGUGCGAUGGUUUGAUGCGUAAUUUUGUCCACUGAAUAGUUUGGACUUAUUAUUUGUGGGUAUUCUUCACAAUGAAAGAAGUGUUUUCAUGGAACCGACUUGCAUUAGUUGGUAUAAUUUUUCUAGAUUUUUUCCUCUUUAUGACAGAUGGAAGCAGCUUUUAUCCUCACCUGAAUUUAAAUUUAACGAGUCUUUGCAACGAUGAGGCAAUCUUUGAAGCAUUGCCCAAGUACAGCAUAAUAAACAGUUCUUGUGCAUUAUCAUACAUUAAUAAUAGACCUAUUUCAAAUGAGGUGAACAAUGGCAAAAUAACUUACAAAUUUAAUGCCAGCAGUAACAUUUUUAGAAUUCCAUUAAAUGGGGAACAUAUCUUAUACAAUGUUGUAUUGAAUUGUGUGAAAGAUUUAGAAAGAACAUCACAAUUUUCCAAUUCUAUAGAUAAAAUUACAGCUACAUGCCACAGAGAUCAAGAAGUUAUCACUACCACUGAAUCGGAGGUGAUCUAUAAGGAACAUGCCAUUUUUUCGUCCUCUGUUCAGGAUAUUGUUCUGGGGAUUGUGUUCAGUGUCCUGGCUUUACUGAUUGUGUUUGUGACGGUGUAUUAUCAGUACAGAAGGUAUCGACGACAACGCAGAAUGCAGCAAUAUCUCAGUACCCCACAUACAGAUCCAUUUGAAAGACUACAGGAUCAUAUGGAAGAGUAAAUGGUCCAUAAUAGUUCACCGUUUUAUCAAGCAGUGACACCACCAUUUCUAUCACACAGUGACAAGUUUCUAUCAAACAGUGACUGAGUGAUCCACAUGAUGUAUAUGCAGUCCCAGUUUUCUUUCCAGCUGUACUGGUCAGAGACCAGAAGAGCUUAUGGGAUAGUCAGGUGUCUGUCAUCUGUCAGUCUGUCCAUCUGUUUGUAAACAAUACUACAUGUAGUAUUUCAAAAUGCUACUCCUCCUAGUUUUUGUCCAAUUUUAAUAUUACUUUGCACACAAGUAGACUACUCUAAGAUUGACAACUUAGUGCAUGCAUGUUGUUUUUUUUUUAUGAAUCGGGUUGCCAUGGCUACUAAAAAUAGAAAUUUCUGUGAAAUUCCUUUAAAACGCAACGAGACAGUUUUGUUUGAUUUCAAUAUAACUUGGUACACAAGUAGACUUUGCUAAGACAAUAAUUUACUGAAAAUUUUUUAUUACUGUAAAAUUAAUUCAGAUGGCUACCCCUGCAACAGUUUUAAUCUGCAAUAAAUCUUGCCACAAAGAGACUUAACCAAGGAAUAUUAUUCAUUUAUUGCUGCUACGUAGUUUCAAGUGAAAGUGCUACUUUUCCUUUAAUUGUUAUAAAUACCAGUAGAGCUGCAGUCUCUUCAGAGACUUCUGGUUUAUUAUCACAUUUAUUAUUAUAUCCACCAAAAAUGUGCUUGCAUCGUCCAAUACAAGUGGAGCCAUGCUUUGUUUAUAUAUUUUUUGUUAAUAUGUACUUUCCUUAGUCUUUCAUACAUUGAACUAUUAUAAUGAUUAUUGUGCUUUUGUAAUUUAUGCCCUUGAAAAUGAAGCUUUGUUGAUAUUUGUAUUGUUUUUAGAUGUGAAGUUUUUCUCUAUUUAUUGAAUUUAUAAUAAAACUUGUAAAAUCUGGACACCCCAGGUUCAAAAGAAAAGAAAUAGGCUGGUUUAGACAUCAUUCAGAAUUAAACAACAUUUCAAAUGAUUUAUUUUUCUGAAGGGGAACUAAUUACAGCUAAUAUUGUAUAUUGUGCAAUAUUUCAGAAAACACAACAUUGGUAUUUGAUAAGAAUCACUAUACCAAUAACAAUCAAAGACAAAAAUUGCAAUUUUAUUUGGAAUUUGUUAUUGUUUUUAAAUGGUCAUAUUUUAAGGGUAGAAGGGGGAAGGGAAAUACUUUUUACAAUGUUGAAACCAAAUUCUUGAAUUAGAAGAUUAUCUAUGAAAUUGUUGAAUCAUGUAAAAAUAAAUUUUAACUAAAAGACCAUCUUUUUAAAAGCUUGGGUGACCAAAACUAAGGAUUAAUUUUCAAUCAUUUCAGUUUAUUAAAUUGAAUUAUGGCAUUAUUAUUACUAUGAUGUAUGAAUUAUAUUUUGAUUUAGAAAAAUGGCAUAGAAGCAUGGUAAAUUUACACGUACCUGUAUUAUUACAUUUUAUGUUCAGGUUUGAUUUUUUCUUGAUGUUUACUUAAAACAGUUUUGAAAGAUGUUAAUUUUGUAAAUGAGAAAUCACUUUGUUCACUAGACCAUUAGAGAAACUGCUUUUUAUCUUUAAUGUUAUUUGUUGGUUGAUAUGAGAAGUAUGAGCUAAUGUACACUGACAGGUAACUACAGAAAACAUGUAACCAUCAAAACAUUGCUAUUCUCACUAAUGCUUAUUGGCCUUUAUAGGAAAAAUAUUGACUGCAGAAUAAUAGAAAUCAGGAUAUAUUACCAUUUUACUGGCUUGUCUUCUACUGUAGCAUAAUACUACAAUGGUUUACAUGUAAAUUAUUUAAUAAUGUUGAAAUUUUUGCCACAUUUUAUUAAUUUUUUGUGCCAUAUUAAUAAUCCUACUUUACAUUCUAGUAGUCAUAGUUUCUUACUGUAAUGUUUAAUGAUGGAAUAUAUCUCUAUUUGGCAUUUGAUUGAUUCAUCUCGACCUCAUUUGCCAUUGUUGACAAGUUUUAAUUUAUCUUAUGAAAAAUAUUUCUGAAAUGAUUUAAAAAUUCAUACAAAGAAAAAUGGUUAGAAAAGUCAUAUUACACAGAGUUCAGAAAUUUCUCUGAGAAAAUGUCAUAGGGUUGGGGGAAACUAAUUAGAUUGAGGGGGAAGAAGCUUUGAGCUUUUGUCUUUUUAACAUCACAAGAUGAAGGGAGGGAUGAAAUUUAAUCAGAUGAUUAUUUAAUUGAUAUAAAUUUAAAAUAUUUUUAAGGCUUUAAUUAAAAAAAUGAUAUAUUCAGUGCAUAAUACAGUACAUGUAUAUUUUUAUUCAAGAAUAUACUGGUAUUUUAAAGCAUUCUUUGUUUUGGUUGGUAAUAUUUCUUGUAUGAUAAUGUAUGUAUGUAAUUUCUCAGAAUACAUUCCAGUUUCUUGUUUUUGUAAAGUGAUACAUAGACCCCCAUUUCUCUCACCCUAAGGUUGAAUGUUUUAUUGUAUAUGCACAAUAAUAUGUGAUUGGUCAUAAAAAAAUUGCAAUCAUGCAACUUCAGUACAUAUACACAUAUCUUUUUUAGCACUUUAGUCUCAUUACUAUUGUAUCAGAUUUUUUUUUAUGUUGUCUUAUUAUACUUAGUGCUGUUGUAAGAUAUAUUAUUCUUAAUUUACCAAGUAGUUUAUGUCGAUGGUACAGUGUAGCUUGUAUUUAUUGAAGCCAGUCCAUAAAUAAAUAGUAAAACUAAA